AUGGCAGUGUUGGCGUUGCAGCAGAAUGGCUUCCACCUCUACGGCCAACACUGGUAUCGUCUCUACGAAAUGGACCUCCACUGGGUCCCAGCCGAGAACUACUGCCGCUCCAUGGGCGGCCACCUGGUCAGCAUCGUCGACCGUGCCGAGAAUGACUUUGUCCACCAAAUACGAAAGAAAAAUAAUAUCUGGAUCGGCCUGAACAAACUGAACGACACGCGCCAGGUUUACAAGUGGAGCGACGGGCAGCCGGCCGAUUAUAUCAACUGGGACUCGACGCAGCCGAACGAGCCGAAGGUGGACUGCGUGUACAUGGCGUACAGCCAGGAGCAGCCGGGCACCUGGUUCGACUACGGCUGCUGGGAGCACCGGCAGCAGUAUUUCGUAUGCAAACUGCCGACGCCU